UGACCAGUGUAUUCCAGGCACCCCGGGAGCGGGGUGGGAGCAGGGUGAGCAGACAACUUCCAGAGGUGACUACACUGCUGCUGCUGCCGCCGCUGCCCACAGCAGGGCCCUGGGUCUGGGUCUGGGUCUGGGCCUGGGCGCCGACCUGAGAUGGCAAAGGCUGCAGGCAGCCUGGUCUGUGGGGAGGAGGAGGGACGUCAGGUCUGGCUAGGGACAUCACAGCUGGAGGACACCAGCUGACUGUCACAGAAACACCAGACAGGGACCUGCAAAGCCAUCGGAGUGGAGGAAAAAUGUGGGUGUCAUCAGCAUACGGGCUCUGCAGCCCCGGAGACGGCAAGACUUCACCCUGGGAGAACGAGGGAAGAGAGCACAGGGCGCGGCUCUGGCAGUGGCGGGCUGUCGAGGACAGCGUCUGCAGUUGUGGUGGGAAGCUGCUGUGUGCAGAGGGGCUGCGCACCUGGGAAAUGCCACCGUCCAAAGCCUGAUGCCACUGUCGGCUCAGGCCUCCGCCUGGAGCCUCCGCCCACUGGAAGCAUUUCCGGUGUGGGCUCCAUACAGUCCUGGAAGGGCGUCCCCGCCUCCACGCACAGCUCAGUACCUGUGGGAGCUUCGUGAGCAGGAGACUCCGCAGGUCUGCCGGCGCCAGCGCCACCUGUGCCCGGGGCCGUACCGCGGAACCCUCUUUGCCGACCAGCCCCCGAUGUUCAUCUCGCCGGCCUGCAGCCCCCCCAGGGCCAAGCUGCGCGAGCUGGUGCUGCUGAGCGGGGGCCAAGUCAGCCGGGGCCCGCGCCGCGCCCGCGUCCUCAUCGGGCCCCACCGCGGAGCGCGCAGGCAGAUUCCAUCACGCAGCACAGGGUCUGCGACUUUGAAAGCUACCUGCUGCAAAGGAGCGCCACGCCGGGCUCGAGGCCCUUGCAGACUGGAGAGGAGGCGGCACGGGACCCCAGCUAGCCCCGAGCCGGAGCUGCGGGCUCAGCUCUCUGCGCACGGCGCACGCACGCAGGGACUGGCCAGCCCGACCAGCCCUCGCCCUAGAUGCGGCUGUGUGCAUCUUCAUACUGGCCGCAGUCAAAGCCUCACAGCCCCUUGUCAUUCGUCAUUAUCGCACUGUACUCCCAAAUAAAGAGGAAAUUCCUGUGGA